CACACCCCGCCUUUUGGACAGCCAGCUCUAAAGCUUAAAUAAAGAUAGCGUUAUUAAAUUUUUAGUUUUCUCACCAAGUUCAUAUUGCUUUUGGUAUCCAAGUGUCCCCAUUAUUAUAUUUAACCAAACCAAGUCAACAUUUUCCGCAGCUCCUCAAAGUCAUUCAUUUUCUUGUUUCUCAUUUCUUGGUAUCUUGUUCCUUAUUCUUUGCUGAAUUAGUUCUCUCCACUAUCUACAAAAUUUUAGAUAUUUGUUUUUCACUUUUACUUUCUUGAUUAUAUAUAUUUCUUCAGUCCCCACUUUUUCAUUCUUCAUUUCUCUUAAAUGGGUCUGCAUAAUUUCUCUUUUUCUAUCUGUUCUUGAUCACAAGUUUUCAGCCUUAAACACCAUCAACCCAGUUCUUGAUUCGUAUUUUACAGAGAUUUUUUCUUGUUCUGUUUCCACUUUUAAUGGGCUUCAUGGUCUCUGUAUCUAAGCAAAAGAAAUAUACCCUUUUCUUGAAUUUCUCAUUUCUUUUAGUUACAUCUGUUUUCUUGAUUACCCAUUUCAAUUCUGCUGAAAUUUCUGUAAUUUUUAAAAAAAGUUCAAAACUUUCUAAUGAAAUUAGAGUUUGUAACGAGUUUCCAAGCGAAGGAGAUCACGAAACCAAGUGCAAUUACCUAAAAACCCACGAUCCAUGUGUCUCUCAAGGCUACAUAAACUACCUCCAUCUCUUCUACUGCAAAUUUGGAAGUGUCCAAAUUUGGGGUUAUUUUGGUCUUUUUCUCUGGCUUCUAGUGUUAUUCUAUUUGCUAGGAAACACAGCCUCUGAAUAUUUUUGUUCUUCACUUGAAAAUCUAUCCGGGUUAUUGAAAUUAUCUCCAAUAAUUGCUGGUGUGACGCUUUUGUCCCUAGGAAAUGGCGCCCCUGAUGUAUUUGCUAGCCUUGUGUCCUUUAUGGGCAAUGAAACUUCUGAUGUUGGGUUCAAUACUGUGUUGGGUGGAGCCUCUUUUAUAACCUCAGUUGUGGUUGGGAUUAUGAGCAUUUUAGUGAGGGAAAAGGAGAUUAGUGUCAAUAGAUUUGCUUUUCUUAGAGAUGUUUGUUUCUUCCUUAUAGUUCUUUCAACUUUGAGUUUCAUCUUGUUUCAGGGGCAAAUUAGUCUUUUGGGUGCAAUUGGUUUUUUGGGCAUGUAUAUUAUUUAUGUCAUUAUUGUUUAUUUUUCAGAUAUGGUGUGGAGUAGUAGCAAAAAUAAUUGUGGACUAAAGGUUAGUGAAAAUUUUGAUUUGAGUAUUCCAAUUUUGUCCAGAUUGGAGAAGGGAGAAGAGGUGGAUAAUUAUGGUGAAUUAGAGUUAAAGAAGCAACCUUUUUGGGGUAUUAUGGUAAAUAUACUUGAAAUGCCACUUUAUUUACCAAGAAGAUUGACAAUUCCUGUUGUUUCUGAAGAAAAAUGGUCUAAACCAGUAGCUGUUAUUUCAGUGACACUAGCACCAAUUUUGUUAUCUUUUCUUUGGAAUUCUCAAGAGGGUAAUUUUGUAAUUUAUGGAAUUGGGUUAUUAAUUGGGGUAACAUUAGGGUUUCUAGCAAAUUCCACAACAGAAAAAUCAAACCCACCAAGGAAAUUUCUAUUCCCAUGGUUAGCAGGAGGGUUUAUAAUGAGUGUGAUUUGGAGUUACCUUAUAGCUCAAGAAUUAGUUGGUUUAUUAGUUUCAAUAGGGUUUAUUUUCCAAAUUAGUCCCUCAAUUCUUGGUUUAACCGUUCUUGCAUGGGGAAAUUCAUUAGGUGAUUUGAUUACAAAUCUAACCAUGGCUUUGAACCACAAUGGUCAUGAAGGUGCUCAAGUGGCUAUGUCCGGGUGCUAUGCCGGUCCGAUUUUUAACAUACUUUUCGGUUUGGGUUUAUCACUGGUUAGCUCAGCCUGGUUACAAUAUCCAUCUCCGGUUAUGAUCACAAAAGACCCUUAUUUAUUGGAAACUUUGAUGUUUUUGGUGGCUAGCUUGGUUUGGGCACUUGUGAUUUUGCCUAGUAGAAAAAUGAGACUUGAUGGUGUUUUGGGAGGUGGGCUUUUGGUCAUUUACUUUGUUUCUGUUUCUAUUAGGUUAAUCCAAACUCUUGGGUCUUUGCAAUUUCAAGAUACAUAGUUUUUGUAAAUGUAAUAUGUAAUUACUAAACUAACCUCCAUCUUUGUACAAAGAAAGGUCAUCAAUUGUAUAAGUAUUUUUGUU